AGUGCACUACCGUUCAUUUGGAGGCAGCAGCAAGGGACUGAAGCAUCGCCUGUCUGAGCUGAGGCAGGGCUGCAUUGAAUGGGGGAAUACUAGAGAGCAGCGCUGCCUGUCUGUCUGUCGACACUGUCUGGACUCUCACGCUGCAUCCAGGAUAGAUUGUGUGUUGAGUGGAUGAUAGGAAUAGAGGAUGCAGUUCUGAUAUGCACAGUAUGUCUGUUUGUGAUCAUAUGUGUAUAGGUUUGUGUGUGUUCACUACAUCCAAGCAGGCUCCAGCUGUGUUGUAGUCAUGGCUGCCUGAGGGACUGCUCCCUGGCUGUGUGGGUCUGGAGCCCCCUCUCAUAUCAUGCUGAAAGUUGGGCCAGCGGCCACCACUCUAAUCCUGCUGCUGUCAUACUGCUGCUGCCACCUGUGUCACUCUCUGGGAAUCCCUAAACUGUCCUCCUAUGCCAAGACAGAGGACAAACUGUUCAAGAACCUCUUCAGAAACUACCAGAAAUGGGUGAGGCCUGUGGAAUAUCUCAACGGCACAGUACGGGUCAGAUUUGGACUGGCCAUCUCCCAGCUAGUGGACGUGGACGAGAAGAACCAGUUGAUGACAACCAAUGUGUGGAUGAAACAGAUGUUAAUCCAUUCCUCUAACAGUGCCGAUGGACGUUUUGAGGGCUCUGUCACCAAGGCUGUUGUCAAGUAUGAUGGCACCAUCACCUGGACACAGCCCGCUAACUACAAGUCAGCCUGCAUCAUCGAUGUCACCUUCUUCCCCUUUGACCUGCAGAACUGCUCCAUGAAGUUUGGCUCCUGGACCUAUGAUGGCUCACAGGUUGAUAUCCUCCUGCAGGACUUCCAUGUGGAUAAGAGGGACUACUUUGACAGUGGUGAAUGGGAUAUAGUGAAAGCAACAGGCAGCCGUGGUCUGAGGAUGGACGGAUCCUGCCACUUCCCCUUCAUCACCUACUCCUUCAUCAUCCGUAGACUGCCGCUCUUCUACACCCUCUUCCUUAUUAUCCCCUGUAUUGGCCUUUCCUUCCUCACCAUCCUGGUCUUCUACCUGCCCUCCAACGGCGGGGAGAAGAUCUCCCUGUGCACCUCUGUGCUGGUGUCCCUCACCGUCUUCCUUCUCGUGAUCGAGGAGAUCAUUCCUUCCUCCUCCAAGGUCAUCCCUCUGAUCGGGGAGUACCUGGUGUUCACCAUGAUCUUUGUCACGCUCUCCAUCGUCAUCACCGUCUUCGCCAUCAACAUCCACCACCGCUCCUCGCCCAUGCACCAAGGCAUGGCGCCCUGGGUGCGCCGUAUCUUCCUGCACAGGCUGCCUAAGCUGCUGUGUAUGCGCAGCAACGUGGACCGCUAUGCUACCCCCGUAGAGGGCAUUAUGAAGUCCACCCCUCAUCUCUCCUCCACGAAUGACCUGCAGGCUGCUUUGGACUCUAUCCGUUACAUCACCAUGCAUGUGGUCAAGGAGAACGAGGUCAGAGAGGUGGUGCAGGAUUGGAAGUUUGUGGCUCAGGUUCUGGAUCGUGUGUUCCUGUGGACCUUCCUCCUGGUCUCAGUACUGGGCUCUGCUCUGCUCUUCAUCCCUGUCAUCUACAAAUGGGCAAAGAUCAUUGUCCCCAACCAUGCAGGCGGCAGCGGAUAAGACUAAACUGAGUCUAAGUGCACUGAGCACAACAAAUUCAGAGACACUACAGUCAGUGCAGAGGCAGAGACACUUACUCACAUGUGGGUGUGGGAGACCAGUUAUAAUUGCAAUGGAUUCUAGUUCCAUCAUGAUUUUUGAUUUGUGUAUAUGAAUGAGGGAUUAUUGUCUCUAUGUUUCUGUAUCUGUUUAUAGAUUAAAUUACAUACAAUUGUUUUA